AUGCGGCGGCUGCGAGCGUCAGUGGCGAGCUGCUCAGACAGUCGCGGCGGUUCUGUGCGGGGUGGUCGGAAGUACGGCGUGAGUUUUCCGGUCGACUUUAGUUUUUCAGGACGUCAGUGUCGGGCUCUGAACCCCCACCACCGCCUCGUCUUCACCGCUUGUGAGUCUCCCGCGGAAAUCGGAAAUCGCUCCAAUCUUGGAGCCGACGAAUUAAACCCCAAAUUUCACCGGCAACCGGAAAUCAAUAUUCAGCCGUCAAUUCCGUCAUCGCCACCACCGUCAGACGAGAAGUACGCAGGAACUCCGACGUUUCAUCCCGAAGUCUGGAAAUUCAGAUGGAUGAGCAAGAAAGGGGAUAUACACGGGGAAGAAAGCAGACCUGGGGGUUUGAUUGUUGGAAUGGCAGAACAUAAUUGA